AGAGAGAGGCAGAAGAUAGAAAAAUUCCUAGAGCUUAAGCGAAAAGUUAAGCAUAAAAAGAGCGUAUGACGAUUGAACGAUAGGAGAAAAUUGACGUCAGUAAAGCAGUAAAAAUCAAACCAUUUUCCCAUCGUCAACCUGACAUUGUUUCGAAAAUCUCAAUCCAAAUAUCAUCCCAGUUAAAGAAACAGAGAUUCUCCUAUUGAGAGUUCUUUUUUGCCACAGUGAGCAUAAAAACUAGAAUUUUUUACGAAGGGACUGCGGUGUCUCGCAGUCGAUCGAAGGGUCGAAGGUGUGUUGGGCGGGGACCCGUCCUCCUCCUCCACGAUUCUUCGUCAUUUCUUAGCCAAAGGGUUAAGAAAACUGAGAAAGCGAGUAAGCCGGAAGUAACCUCUUUUAUUUCGCGACGGUUCAUCGUGAAACGUUAAUCUCGGGGAGGCAAUGUGGAAUAUAAAAAUAUGAAAUAGGAGAAGUUUAAAUCACCUCGACGUUUUAGAAUUGGAACGGUGGAUCAUUGACGAUAGAGCAAUUGUCAAAUUACUUCGGUACACUUUUCGUCGCAUUGAACAUUUCGCUCGAUCGUGUCCCUCUUCUGAUUAGCGUAGGUUUGUCUCUCUCUCUCUCUCUCAGUAUAUAUGUGUGUGAGUGAGUGUGCGUUGCAUAUAUAUUCGGUUAUAACGGACAGAGACGAUCGGCCAAGCACACAGUGACAGAAAAAAAAAACUCGUGUCGGAAGUGCGUUUAGCAACGCUCCUACAUAUGUAUAAUCGUGUUUAUGCACCUGGGCCGAAACGUUUGACAACGAGAAAAAUUUCGUAGAAGAGACAAGUGCUCGAUUAAAAAAAGGACAAACAUUCGCGAGAACGUGGAAAAUGAUAGAAAAAAUGUGUUGAAAACUCCGGAAGUUUGUGAUUCAUUUUUUCACCGCGACGAGAAGGACUUCGACGAAUUCUGGAAUCUGAGUCUGAAGCACUGAAAACAGUGCUUACGCGGAGCAAAAUUUCGUUGCGGAGAUCUCGAUAAAGAAUAAAACGUAAAAUAAGCUACCCCCUCGAGAAGGGAUUCGUCAGGACUUGCGAAGAAAAAACAAGCAGAGCGAUGCAACGGAGAGAGGGCCUCAGAGAUUACGAUGGCAAAAUUGCCGGUCUCUACGAUCUCGAGAAAACCCUCGGGCGUGGCCAUUUCGCAGUGGUCAAACUCGCCAGACAUGUAUUCACCGGCGAAAAAGUCGCAGUCAAAGUCAUCGAUAAAAACAAACUCGACGAAGUAUCCAGAGCUCAUCUUUUCCAAGAGGUGAGAUGCAUGAAGCUCGUGCAACAUCCAAACGUUGUACGAUUGUACGAGGUCAUAGACACACAAACGAAACUCUAUUUGAUACUGGAGCUUGGCGAUGGCGGCGAUCUCUACGAUUACAUAAUGCCAUAUCGCAGUGGCCUCCCGGAAGAGGUUGCAAGAACAUACUUCAGACAGAUAGUACGUGCCAUAUCGUACUGCCAUCACUUACACGUGGUACAUCGGGAUCUGAAGCUUGAGAAUGUGGUGUUCUUCGAGAAACUCGGAACUGUCAAGCUCACAGAUUUUGGUUUCAGCAAUAGAUUUUGUCCGGGACAGAAACUCGACACUUUGUGUGGUUCGCUCGCAUACUCGGCACCAGAAAUUUUACUUGGUGACAGUUAUGAUGCACCUGCUGUCGAUGUUUGGUCCUUGGGAGUGAUAUUGUAUAUACUGGUAAGCGGUCAACCACCUUUUCAAAAGGCCAACGACAGCGAAACACUCACGAUGAUAAUAGACUGCAAGUACUCAAUACCGGAGCAUGUUUCCGACGAUUGUAAACGUUUGAUAGCACGUAUGCUCGUAAAGAAACCAGAGGGCCGUGCCACGCUGAAGGAAAUAGCCGCUGAUCCUUGGUUAACGAUGGGCACCGAUGGUGAUCCUGUUGAAACAUUGCCUCUUGUUUCGCGACAAGAAGUUUCCGAGGAAAAUCACAAUCUCAUCAUAACAAAAAUGGUUAAUGGCAAUAUUGCAACAAAAGAAGAAAUUCUCGAAGCUCUCGACAAGAACGCGUACAAUCAUAUCACAGCAACUUAUUUCUUGCUCGCUGAGAGAAAGUUACGAGCUCACAGACAGGAACAGAUGCAAAAGAGGAGACCCGAGCUUCUCGACAUUCACUCGAGUCGAUCGAACGAUAUAUCGAUGAGUUCUCUUCGGGCGGAUGCCAUUACAUUGACAACGGUAAAUCAAUCGUUAUUGACCGUGCCUAGGACACCUGGUGAUGUGCCCCAGAAUACGCGAACGCGCAAAUGCAGUAUCGUUCAGGAGGAAGAGGACGAAGACGAUGUUUCAUCAUGUUCAGGGCGUGACGAGAACUCCUCGUCAUUCAGUUCGUUGAACAGACGUGGUUCGCGCUCGGAGGGUAAAUUGUCUCAUGUGGUACAAGAGAGGCUUCCGCAAUUACCGGACAAGACUCUGGCAGUAGCGAAAAUAUCGACGUUGCGCCAACAGCAACAGCAGCAGCCGCAUCGUACGUUCACGGUAAAAACGUGCGACGAGGUAUCGUUACCAGAUCGUACGGUAACCGUAGUAAAAGUGAAAAGCAAAGAGACGGGUGAGGUUCCAACGGUGGGAUCGGUAGCUGCAAGUGUGUCGAAAAAGUCGUUGUGUUCGGAGCUGGAAUCGCGUCCAAAGACCGUAACGGAAUGUCUGAGUUCGCCGAUACCGCUGUCCGCGAACAAAUUACGAACGGAAGCCGAGCACAGAGCCUCGCUUCCGCUGGUUGACGAGAAAACCAAAAUUCCGUUGUCUUUGGAUUCAAAACUCGUGGAGCCCGUGGCGACGACAAUCCUCACGGAAUCGUGUACAGCUCCGAGUCCCUUACGACCAAGCGAAGAUCACGAUUUUUCGAAAACUCACAUACAAAAGUAUAAGACGAUGCCCGCGCCGGGCAGCGGCUCGAUAGUCGCCAGUUCUGCAGGCCAGUUGCCGCUCAAUGAGAUCCUCGAAGACGCGGAUGCACCGGAGAACUGUAGCAACGAUGGGAGUUCCAGUAAAUUUCGACUCGUUCGCAGGACCGGCUACGAGCAGCGUCGCAACAAAUUUCACAAAACCCGCACAACUUCCUGUUCGAGCUCAGACGCGAGCGACGACGACAGCGAAGGCCGCAAAAAGAGAGCACACAAACUGGGCGCCACGAGUAGCAAACCUUUGCCAACGAGACGUGACAGCCACGACGAUUCCAGUGAUUCUCAAGAUCCUGGAGGAAGCGGCGGCGGAGGAGGCGGUGGUCCUGGUCUCGGGAACGGUGAAACCACGCACGAAACUUCGACCGCCGACACGACGAGUAACGACAACAAUCAAAGUACAACCACGACGACGACCACGACCACAACCGACGGCAAAGUUCACCGGUGCACUGACAAUCCGGACCUAUCGUAUAGAAGACACCGAACUGGCAGACGAUUCGCCGGUGAGACCAAGUUACGGGAGAGUCAGUCGUUGAAUCGCAUCACCGAAGUACAAGAAGCUGAAGCGCCGUCUUGUCAUGUUAAUUUACGAAACACUCCGACGACCCAGAGCAUUUCAUCUUCGUCGUCCUCUUCGCUCUCAGCCUCAAGGAAUAUGACUCAAAGCAGCACGACGACCGGAUUAACGCAGCAGAACAGUACAGUGCAGCGUGCCAAAGGUUUUGGAGCGCGACUGCUCCAAAGCAUGUCGCUCGCUAAAUCGGCCGUAAAUUCGAACGAUCCGAAAUGUCAAACAAACGGCAUUUCCGCUAUAAAGGACAUCAUAAAACAGUCUAGCGUGCGUAGAGCUGAUGAAAAAUCCUUGGAUACAGCAAAAGACGAGAAAAACAGAAAAAAGGAAAACGGCUGCGCCAAUACACAAACCAAUCAGCAAUUAACCUGCGACAGGGACAACAAUUUUCGUGCUAAUCCCAAUCGCAACGAUUGCAAGAGCAGAAAAAUGCGCUUUCUCAGUCGCUAUUUCGCUGUCCACAAAAAAUUGUGUGUUCCCCUGCCAGGCCUCUUCGCCAAAGGUCGACUCUACAAAGCUCGAUCCUGCGGCAACAUCGCACGCGAUCGUGUCUCUCCACCCUCGCCGAAAUCUAUGCUUUUGUGCACCAACGCUCUCGAUGAUAAGUGGCGAGAACGUACACAAUUGUGUGAUCUCAACAAACAUCAGCAACAACCUUUCAGAGACGGACAUCGCGGUAGCGACGGUGAUAUCAAUCAGAAUCUCGGUAUUGGACAGUUAAUGAUGGAAAACGUCGUUGGCAAAACUUGCGUUGGUUUACCCACCAUCUGUCACAUUCAUCUCGGCGAUCCAUCCAAGUGUUGCAGUCUCUGUUGAUACUGAACUUUACGCGCGUAUGUUCGCGCGUCUGUGUGCCUGCGUGCGUGCGAUUUGCCUGUGUGAUUGUACUUUUGUUUUUCUUUCUAUCUUCCUUUUCAUCUCGAAGACUGUCGAUCACAUUGAUCAUGAGAUUCGAUGAGGCUCUUUUACACAUAUUUCUUUUUUCAAUUAAUCAAUCGAUCAAAUUUUCAUACGCGGUAGUUGACUAAAUUCCUUAAAAUCAAUUAUACUUUUUACUGUUCUCGUAUCCAUAUUUCUUCGAUUAUUUCGUUGAUUAUAUUUUGUCUAUCACUUUUCCAAGAUUACUCGAUUUUUAUUGAUUCUCUUAGGAGCUCCGACUCAUUUUUGAUAGCAAUAUUAAAUUCGUCUCGAGUAGACAUGUGUAAAAAGUCCUUAAAGCUUUUACGACGCUGAGUUAUUGAUCCAUGACACAAACGUAAUGUAUAACCGGACAGGAGAGUUGGGAAAAUAAUUUUCAAAGAAUAAUCCGUGACGGAGGAAGAGAAAGAAGAUUCCCCCGAGCGAUUAAGAGUAACGAAAGCAAAAAUUGUGCACCUAUGAUUACAAUACGGAAAGAUAUUGUUCCGGAAGAAUGAUAAAUCGGCGAGGAGGAGAAUACUGUUUUUUUUUUUUUUUCGUCGUGUGUGAAUGAUGGAAAAGGGGCCUACAAAUGGUUUCGGAAUACUAAAUUAUGGAGCAAGUCAUUAGCUAUAAAUCCUACGUUAGGAGAAAGAUAUUAUUUUCGGAUGAAAAUGCCCCGAGGGUAAAACUUAUUCCGUGGUUAGAAUAAAGAUGAAAAGAAAAAUAAUAAUCAUUUUUCUGAGAAUCAAACGAAAUUGUGUUCAAUAUUUCACAAAUAUUUUCUUCUUGUUGAUUAUUAUUUUUCCAAACUCUCUCCGAAUAUUCGAAGUGCAAAAACCUUUAAUUAUCGAAGAAAUGAUCUUUAAAGUCUUGAAUAUUAUGAAUAUUUAUAUCCUCAGAGAAUUCGAAGCCACGUUUGCAAGCCUCAGGAUCGUAUUCAAAAGUUUUUUAAAUUCCUGUUCGACACUCCUACUCCCGAACCAAAAUCAUCCUUAGUUUCCUGCGUUCAAAAUCAUCUUCAGCAAUCUAAAAGUUUAUCGAGUCAUUCUUAAACGAUUGAUGCGGGGCGAAGUCGAGUUUCAAAUUUACAGCAGUUCCUGAAUACAGGAUCUCUAGUCCUGCCUCAGGCAGACUAUUCCCUUCAGAUAAUAACCGUUCAAUUUCGAAUACGAUCCGUGCACUUAUAUAUACAUACUUAUAAAGAACCUCGAUAAGGAAUGAAUGGAAAACGAAUUUUUUAAAUUCCCUUUCGUUCUACAGCGAAGGGUUACAAAAAUCAUUCAAAAUACACCCGAGAUAAAUAGUUUAACAAAAUGAGAAUAAUAAUCGAGCAGAAACUAUGAAAGACUUUUUUGGAGCGUACCUGCCGCCACGUGCGCUAUGCGGAUUCUGUAUCUAGUCCGUGUGAACGAAACUGUAUUUAAUGUUGCAGAGUUUAUUAUUAUUAUUAUUAUUAUUAUUAUUAUUAUUAUUAUUACGAUUAUAUUAUUACUAUUAUAAGUUUAUUAUAAUUAUCACUGAUUUAAGGGUAUAAUUGAGUUGCGAGAAAUAAGUAAUUAAAAGUGCAUAUGAAAAAGUGGCACUUGAAAAAACGAUUAGGAGGAAAGAGUUUUAGCUCGAGAUUUGACAAAAUAAUUUGUCUUAUUUUCGCUAAUUCGGUAGAUAAAAAAAACGUUAUCAAAAAUUCCAACUGUGAAACAAUCGAAAUGCUUUAUAGGUCGUAAGCGAAAUUUAAGAGAAAUAUUGAGAAAAAAAUAAUAAAAAGAAAGCAUAAUUUUGUUUGCUUUGGAGAAGUUAAUUUAUUGAAAUGAAUGUUUGAAACUCAGCAAUGUUAGAGAACCCGAAUCAUUAAAUUGUAACGAUAUGAUUCGUCGUUCGGGAUUUUUGAUACGCUUUUUUGAAACUUUAUUUUCGAGUCUGUUUUUCUCGUUCUGGGAAAAUUUGAGAAUGUUUUUAAUCCCUCGUCCUUCUCGGUGCUUCCUCAAAGUCCUUUCCUUUUCCUCGAACUGUAGAAAAUUCCCUCUCAGCCCCGAUCAUCUUUUUUCACCCACUAAUUUUCAAUUUUUCGAAUAAAUCUUCGUGAUCGAGAAGACCGGUGCUCCUUUAAAGUUCUGAUGAACUUGUAUGAAAAAAUGAAAAGAAAAAGAAGAAAAAAUACGAAAAUUGUUUAACGAUAAGUUAUGAAUUUUGGGCGAAUGUGAGAAAAUAUUUAUCCAUAUAUUUUAGUGAGAUACGAUCUCUUAUUUUCAACUUAUUUCCCUUUUCGUAUACGAGCAAUAGAGAAAAUUCGUGUUUUCAAAUCUAAAUUCGUCGUGGAAAAAUAGCGAGCUUUUGUUCUCAUCGAUCGAGUUUCACUUGAACUCUCAUUGGCAGAGCAACUUGAGAGACUGGAAAAGAAAACUCGAGCAACCGUAAUAUGUCGUUCGGAAAAUGAAUAGAAAUAAAUUCUUAGACUUCUGUGAGAUUUUGUAAGUGCCCAUUUUUUUGCGAGUACCCAAAAUCAUUGUACUCCGAUGAAUUCGAGCAUAACUGACAUUUUUUGUUCUCAAUAUUAUUUCAAGUUUAUGUGAAACAUCGACAGAACUCUCGAUACUUUUUUUCGUCACUUUGAAAAUCUCACAGAAACCCUCUCUAAAUUUUCGGGCUCAAGAGACACACGAGCUUACGCUUAACAAUUCGUGCGAGGAGGAUUGAUAGAUAGAAAUAAAUAAAGAAAAAAAAUAAAUUUACGAACAGAAUGAAUGUAUCAUUAAAAUAAAUACUGUGAGUAUGAGACGACGAUAUUUAUUAGACGUACUCUCACCGUUGACCCACACUGUAAGAGGUUGAGGAGAAUAAUAAAACGAUUUCAUUGAACUCGUACAAAAAUGUAAGGAACGAAUAGACGAGCUAUUUUACAAAAUUUCUGCCUUUUUUCUUCGUUUUUCUAUGAAUUUUUCAAAAUCACGAUUCAAUUUUGUUGAUGCGUUUUUAUUGUUUCGCUCGAUCGAUUUCGAAAAAAAUGUGCAAUGAGACGCUUUUUCGAGUUUCUCCUGAACUAAAUUGAUAAAAAAUAAAACAACACUUGUGAUCGCGAAAGCAGAAAAGGCGUCCGUUGUCAAAAAGUCGUUCUUCCCGCAAGCUUUAUCGUAUAAACGUUGCAAAGUGGCGCCACGCCUCGAGGAAUUCGUUCUCUUUUCAAAUUUCAGUUUUCAUAUCUGUCAUUUGCAGAUAAAUUCAAAAUUGAUUUCGAACUCUUGAAAAUAUCGACAAUAUACGAGUCCUUAGUUGCGAAUAAAAUAGCGAUUGCGAUAUUUCCCGGCAUCUCGGGCUCCUGGGUAGAAAAAUUCAUUAGCAACUCUCCGUUGCUUGUAGGAAAUUUUGAAAGAAACGUCAUUUUUCACAGUGAUUCAGGAGACAGAAAAAACAGAAAUGCGAAUAAAUACGCAAAUAAAUAAUUGUCACGAUUGUUGUAAAAAAGAUGAAAACUCUUAUUGUGCGAUUUUUCAUGAACACGAAGAAAGAAAACAGUCGAAUCGACCAAUCGUGUUUUAUCGAAAUGAAGAAAAAAUACCUAGUGAGAGCUUCGUUCCAAGUUCGUACUUUGGUCAGUAAGGUCGAGGGUCGAAAUGCUCGAAAAGUGUGAUCCAAUGAAUUUGUAACUUUAUAGAUGCCUCUUGAAAUACGGUUUCAUUUCUCCCUCCCCGACUUCGCGUCAAAGUAGUUUUUUCACCUGUAGUAGCCCCCCCUCCCCCCCUAUCCCGAUUUCCACGCCCUCCCUUGCCUCAAACAAGCCCUACCGUUUUUUAUAAAUAUUUUGAGGAAGCGAACAAGAGAAUAAAUAUGUUACAAUAUCUUGCACUCCUUGCACAGCCCAAGGAUAUGUUUAUAUGUACCUAUAUAUCGAACGUACGAAAUACCUAAUUGUAUGUACCGAGCCAGACGUUUACCUAGAAUAAUACAACAUUUAUUCAUUAUAA